GCGGUUUUAUUUUAUUGCCAGUUUUUAAAAAUUAAAAUGUAUGAAUUGUCUGAUAGCAGUGAUAGUGAUAUCGAUAGUGAUGAACGCGAUAAUCCUGGCAGCUCUAGAGGAGCGAAAAAAAGAAAAAUACACACAUCAUCUGGAAAAUGUAGAGAUCAAAAAUAUAGAUCUCAAUGGGAGUCCGAAUUCAAGUGGCUUAAACCCGUAAAUGAUAAUCCAAGGCAAGGUCAGUGUUCAGCAUGCUCCAGAGUUUUACGAGCCAAUAUUGGUGUGAUAAAAAGACAUGGUGAAGGUGCAAAACACCAGCAAAAUGUGAAAAAUAUACAGUGUCAACUGAAUUUAAGAGAUUUUAUUAAAAAAAAUGCAACUGAUAGCAAGGUCAAAAGGGCUGAACUGAAGUUAUGUGGUUUUCUAGCUGAACACAACAUUGCAUUUUUGGCAAAUGACCACCUAGUUCCCCUUCUUCAAGACUGUUUUCCGGAUUCAAAUAUUCUUAAAAAUAACGAAUUUUGUGAUCUUGUCAAUACUCUAAAAAAGGUCAAAUUCAGCAUACUUGUUGAUGAAUCAACUGAUAUUGCAGCGAUAAAGACAAUGGCCAUAUGUGUAAGAUACUACUGUGAAUCCCAGAAAGCUGUAAAAACUAGUUUUUUAUCUUUGAUGCAAGUUUUUUCUAAAGAAGACUCUGAAGGUGCUCACCAAGGAGCCACAGCAGAAAAAGUUUACAAUGAGAUAGUAGGAUUUUUUAAAAAACAAAACAUUCCAUUAGAAAAUGUAAUCGGAUUUGGAUCAGAUGGCUGUAAUGUAAUGUUUGGCGCUAACAAUUCUGUUGUUUCAAGAUUGAGAAUAGAUUUCCCGGGUAUUUUCACAUCGAAAUGCAUCUGCCAUUCCCUUCACCUCUGUGCCAGCGAGGCUUGUAAAGUGCUACCGAGAGAAACUGAAGCUAUGGCACGUGACAUAUAUACUUUUUUUAAUCACAGCUCAAAAAGACAGGCGCAAUUUGACAAGGUGGCUGUCAUUGGGACAGGUUGUAAGCAGGAUAAAAAAAACAAUGGGGGGCUUUAG